AUGAGACUCAUUGAGGCCUGGAAACAGCUAUUUACCACCACCAAGUGGAUUGCAACGAUCAUGGUGACAAAAUUCGCGAGCAGGAUCGAGCUCGGCAGGACUAAGAUAUGGAGCAAACGGUGCGAGGACACUGUCGCCUGGGAAAAGUCAGUUGGAAUCACCUUCAUGAGCAAACGCGCCGGAAGACGCCGAGGUGUUCGGGAACACCAACGUAGUGUUGGUGGUUUCCCUGAUUUGAAAGAGGGACGGUUACUUGCAGCGGAAAUCCAGGAAGGUCUCUUUGGCCCAGUAUCGGGCAUUUUGUUGACCAGCAUUAGUCGCGGUUACACAGAUCUCGCCGCAGCACUCAUCGUGGUCGGAUUGGAUGCAGAGGAAUUGCAAAUCAUCCACGCCCAGACUCCUAUUCGUAUCAAGAACGUUAUGAGCCCCAUGGGUCCAGGGAUGGUCAUCUCUCCGGAUAAUGCCUCGAGAGUAUCGACGCCGGAUGGACGCAUGGCUCCUCCUCCGUUGCCGAAGGUCUUGCUAGAGAACGGAUAUCAAUUGAACCUGUCAAGGCGGCACCCUACAGCGGUGACGAUCAAGGAUAAUGUGUGGGUCCUCAACGUGCACUCGAACCAUAAAUCGGUCUCGCAUGGGUUUUUUGCACAGAUAUUUGGGGCUUUGGACACGCAUGGGAUUGUGAUCGAUUUGGUUUCGACCUCGGAAGUGCAUGUUUCGAUGGCGUUGGGUGCGAAUGUGAACGAGAAGGCGAUAGGGAAGGCGAUGCUGCAGCUGAGGAGCAUCGGUACCGUGGAUGUGACGCAGAACAUGGCGAUGUUGUCGCUGGUCGACAAGCAGAUGAAGAACAUGGUCGAUAUCUCGGAGAGGAUGUUCUCGACGCUCGUGAAGGCCGGGAUCAACUUGGAGAUGAUCUCGCAAGGCGCGUCCGAGAUUAAUAUCUCCUGUGUCAUCCUGAAGAGACAGGCACUUCAGGCGAUGAAUGUGAUCUAUGAGGAACUAUUGGAUAAUUUGGGGAGAGAAGCCGAGUCCCAGUACUUUUAG